AUGCUAUGCUUUAUGUACACGGGAAGUUCGCCGAGUGUCGAUCAAAUGGCUCAACAUCUCAUUGCAGCCGCUGACAAAUAUCAUUUGGAUCGCUUGAAAGUGAUGUGUGAGCAGGCGUUAUGUGCAGCGUUAACGGCCGAAAAUGCCUGUGUGACAUUGGUACUGGCUGACCUUUACUCGGCCGAACAACUUCGAACACACGCCAUCAACUAUAUCAAUGUAAAUGCUACAGAGGUGAUGAAUUCGGAAGGUUGGAAAGAUCUGGUAAAGGAGCACCCGACGCUAUUGGCCGAGGUGUUCAAGGCGCUCGCCACCCAGCAGACACCACCAGUGGUUUUGGCCGCCCCACCAAAGAAACGGAUCAAGCACUGUCCGUACUGA